UUGAUGAAAAAGAUAUCUUGUAGAGUUCUACAACCUACCAUGCUAAGUGCGAUUGCUUCAGUUGUAGGGAAUUCAAUAGAAAUUGUAUUGUAAAUUGUGUGGUAAUUGGUUUUUCUUUUUAUCAGCAAAAUGUCAAGCGUAACUAAUUUAUCAAACAGUGAAAAAGUAGAACUUAUUGAGCAGGUGAAACAACAAAUUGCGGUGGCUAAUGCCCAAGAACUAUUGACGAAAAUGACAGAAAAAUGUUUUAAAAAAUGUAUUAGUAAACCGGGUGUCACAUUGGAUUCCUCGGAGCAGAAAUGCAUUUCGAUGUGCAUGGAUAGAUACAUGGACUCUUGGAAUUUGGUAUCGCGUACAUACAGUAAUCGUCUGCAACGGGAGCAAAGCAAAAUGUAGAAGUGAACCACAGGCAAUAAAAGUGUGCUCUCGCUCCUACAAGUCAUGUUAUAAUAAGUAUGCUUUUCCUAAAAUUUUUGUUUUAUAAACAAGAUUUUUAGACAAAACUUAGCAAGUUGUUAAAGCUAAAAUCUUUUGUAAAAGUCAUGAACUAUGUAUAUAUAUAAUAUGUGGGUGUAAAUCUAAGAUUUUACUGCACAUACAUUGUGCAAAUAUGAAGGACGCAUUAAAAAAUGUACAAAAAAAAAAAAAUAAUGGAAUAAAA